UAAGUAUCCGCCAUUUUGAUUUCCAAAUCUGACAGAUUUUUUGUUGACUGCUUGCUGAAGUAUAAUUUGGACAGUGUCAACACACCAUACUGUAGUUCAACACAGCCGCUCGGCAGGCAUCCACCGUGCGACGGCAGUGUGUGAAUGAGAUUGCAACCGGGGAAGGGUGGCAUCUUCCAGCUAACAACGCACUUCAUGAAUAGCCAGCUAUGGGCCUCCGGAUGACCUGACAGCCAAAGUCGCCGAGUUGCCGUUCAGCUUGUAGAUGACGACCGAUAGAAAUGAUGGAUAAAAGAUUGAAGCCAAUCUCUCCUGGGUUUGUGUGUCUGUUGUUAGUAUGAAUGAAGUGGGUGUGUUUGUGUUUUCAUUGCGUGAAUUUGCCGAUGCUGAUUGAUGUCCAGGGCAUGCAAUGUCAAUAAGACAAAUGGCUGUUUAGCAAAGUCUGACUGAGGAUCCUACUCCUUGUCCAAAUCUAAGUGUAAGUGUCGGUGACGUCAGCCAUGUUUUGGAAGUUUGACUUACACACAUCUUCUCACCUGGAGGCAUUACUGGACAAGGAGGAUGUCACGCUCAUUGAGCUCAUGAACGAGGAAGAUGUGUUGCAGGAGUGCAAGGCCCAGAACAGGAGACUUCUCCUGUUCCUGUGCCAGAACCAGUGCAUGCAAGACCUGGUCCGUAUGAUUACUACAGAGCCCCCUGCUGGUGUAGAGGAGACAAAGCGCUUCAAGUAUCCAAAUAUAGCUUGUGAGCUGUUGACAUGUGAUGUGGGAGUGAUCAAUGAUAAGCUGGGUAAUGAGGAGCCUCUGCUGGAAACUCUGUAUGCCUUCCUGGAGCAGCCAUCCCCACUUAACCCCCUCCUGGCAUCUUUCUUUAGCAAGACAAUUGGGAACCUCAUCACACGGAAGACUGAGCAGGUGAUUAGUUUUCUGCGACAGAAGGAUGGCUUCCUUUCCUUGGUCCUGAAGCAUAUUGAUACAUCAGCCAUGAUGGAUGUGCUCCUAAGACUUAUCAGCUGUGUGGAGCCACCCCCUCUUCGGCUUGAGACACUUAUUUGGCUGAAUGAAGAGAAGCUGGCCCAGAGACUCGUAGAGCUCAUUCACCCUGAGAGAGAUGAAGAGAGGCAGUCCAAUGCAUCUCAGACAUUGUGCGACAUCAUUCGUCUAAGCCGAGACCAGGCCAAUCAGCUCCAAGAGAUUUCACAGCCUGACCCUUUGCUGACUGUGCUGGAGUCGCAAGAGUGUGUGGAGCAGUUGCUGCAGAAUAUGUUCUCAGCAAAUAGUACUGAGAGCUGUAUCAUCAAUGGAAUUCAAGUUCUUCUCACAUUACUGGAAAUCAGGAGGCCUGUGGUGGAUGGUGUUAUGGAUGCUCAGGGAUUUGAGAAAAGUUACACUGUUAACAGCAGCAUUUUGUUGGCCAUCCAACCACACUUGAUACACUUCCACCAGCUACUUCUGAAGCCACCCAAGCGAAAUCCCAUGCUGACUACUCUCGGUGUGCUGGAGGAACCAUUAGGGAACACGCGUCUGCACGUAGCCAGACUGGUGGCCUCUCUGUUGUAUACCAGCUCUGCUAGCCACGCGGUCGUAGCACAGGAACUCUGCCGACUCAAUACAAUGGACCUGCUACUGGACUUGUUCUUCAAGUAUACAUGGAACAACUUUCUGCACCUCCAAGUGGAGCUUUGUGUUGCUGCCAUCCUCCGGCCCUGUGCACAUGAAAUGAGACUUCAGCCUGGCUUGGGAUCCCAGGAAAAUGUCAAGCCUCAUCAAGAUGUUUCACAAGAGCAGGCUUUGACUGAUACCCCUUCUGAACCUUCAGCCACCCCUGAAAACUCUGCACACAAUCUAAUGGUGACUCAUUUGUUCGAGCACUGCCACCUUGUCCAGAGGAUUCUGGAGGCUUGGGAAGAGAAUGAUAAAAUACAGUCAGAAGGUGGUAUGAGAAGAGGGUACAUGGGACAUCUGACCAGGAUUGCCAACACAGUAGUCCACAACCUGGAGAAGGGCCCUGUUCACACACAGAUUAGUAGCCUCAUCACAGGACUGCCAGAGGACUACAGAGGGCGCUGGGAAACCUUUGUAGACCAGACCCUGUCAGAGACUAAUAGGAAGAACACCAUAGACCUGAUUGGCACUGGAAACCCACGCCCUUCCUCAGAGGAUGAUAUGGAGAGCCCCUUCCCUAAAGAACUGACACUACAGCAGGCCUUUUCAGACUACCAGAUCCAGCAGAUGACGGCUAAUUUUGUGGAUCAGUUUGGCUUUAACGAUGAGGAGUUUACUGAUCAUGACGACAGCAUUGGGGCAACGUUUGACCGAAUUGCAGAGAUCAAUAUCAAUAUCGAUGCAGGCCAGGACACUGCUAAUACAGCUGUGUUUGAGGCCUGUUCCAAGGAGAGGAUUCAUCCCUUUGAUGAUGAUGAGGAGGACAUUUGGGAGGAGAAAGAGAUCAACUUUGCAACACAAACCAAGUCCCGUAACAGGUUUGGUGGGUCACGAUCAUCCCAGAGCCCAGCAGCCAGUAAAGAUUGUGAUAGGACAGCAGCUUCUGGCACUGAGGCGUCUGACAGAGCAGCAGAUUCAGACUCUGAGGAAGGAGAGGAUCCUAAAGAUGAACUGGAUCCUUUCUCAAACCAGGGCCAGACCGAGGCAACAAAGAGCACUGGCUGGAUAGCAGACUUCGGGGAGGUGAACUCAAAGGCUCCUGCACCAGGGAUGGGCUUUUCUGCCUGGGACACUCCAGCCUCCCAACCAGCUGCCACAGAGGCAGAGGAGAAAGGAUGGGCCAAGUUCACUGACUUCCAGCCAUUCUGUUGCUCUGAAACAGGCCCCAGAUGCAGCUCACCUGUGGACUCGGAGCUCAGCGGAUCUGGCAACACCAAAUCAAACCAGAACCCAUGUGUGUGGAGUGUGUGUGUGGCGAGAAAAGCUCCACUGGUGGCAUCAGACAGCUCUUCCUCCAGCAGCUCAGAGAGCGAUGAGGAAGAAGGAAAGAAAAAGUCUGCAACAGGCGAGACGGUCACCAAAGAGACCAUCACCACGGGCGCUGGCAAGGAGACAAUUCGGCUCACAGUGGACGCAAAAAAUGAAAGGGCAGUCUUCAGCAGAGUAUUCAGACCAGCAGUCAGACGCGAAGCAGAUAAGGUACCGGUAGAGGGACUCUCCAUCAAGGACAAGAAGAAAGGCAAUGAGAAAGAAAGCGAAAAGGAAAGGAAACAUGAAGACGGUCCCAACCCAACUACCACCAGUCCAACUAAGCAGUCGGCUGCUGUCACACAAGAGACGCAGCCCUCUGCUAAUGGACCGGCUUAACGAUGCAACACCCACACACACACACACACACACACACACACACACACACACACACACACACACACACACAAACACAAACACACUACAUACCUGUCUAUUCAACACACAGCAAUGCCACCUUUGCUUCCUGUUAGCAGCCCUCCAAUGCCCUUUUUUGCGUCCAAAGAAUGGAAGAUGCUUAGUGUUGAGGUCAAACAGCCCUUAGCAGUAUGAAUGCUGGAUAACACAUAACUACACAUAGGUACAUUGAUCUCUCCUGCACCUUCAUGACAUAAUUACAAGUGAACCGCUUCAAAGAGGAAUGUGCGUUUUAAAGAACAUGUCAUCGUACCUGACCCCAAAGCCAAAUUCUGUAUGAUUUUUCCCAUUGGACUUAGGAGAGUGACGACACUCUUACCUGUUGUGAUGAGCAGAGGUUACUAAACUAAGAGUUUGAGUGCCAGCUGUUGCACUUCAAGAAAACAAAUACCUAGGUCUGAAAUUUGAUCUUUAUGAUUCAGCAUCAAAUUCCAGAUUGUUUAAGCAUGUCUGGGCACUAAAUCACUGUCCGGAGAUUUUUUUUUUCUAUUAGAGCUUUUGACUGUUUACACUUUAGUAAAUAAGAGUGUAUUCAAAUAACAGCCAAGAUGCUUGCAAAGCUAGCUGCCAUUUUCCCUUGAGCAUUUCAAUGUACAUGCCAGGCAGACAUUUCAUUAGUGCAAAUGUGUGAGUGAUAAAAAUUUGGCUUUUUUUUCAUACAUGCUACUGGAAUAAUUUCUCAGUCCAAGUAAGAUUUCUUUGCUUUGAUCAUGUGGAACAUAAAUGCUCUCUUUUUGUUAAUUUGGAGCAUCAGAUUUUAGAGCAUUAUGUGUCACUUCCUCCGCAAACCUCUGACAGAUUCCGGUAGUUUAGAGGUGUGUGUGCUGUUGUAUCCAUGUGUGUAGACGUGUGUGUGUGUGUGUGUGUGUGUGUGUGUGUUUAAGCUCUGUCUGAGGUACAGCGUGCAUCUUCAGGUCAAAGGAGAGGUAUGCAGAUACAAAGAAAGCACAGCUGUGUAACACACACACACACACACACACACAUAUACACACACACACACACACACACACACACACACACACAGUACUAUACACACAUGUAUACACACAUGCAAAAAAAACACUGAUGUGCACAUACUAAUUCAUAUCACCCUCAGAGCUGUUUAAUGUAAUAUUUGUGAAAUUUAAACCUGUAUUAGGUUGUGGCUAUUCUUCUUGGUAAUAUGUAAACGUAAUAUAAAUGUAAACAGUAUAUAUAAACAUUAUAUAUAUUUUUGGAAUAAAUCCAAUGUAUGGAAAGGCGGUUGUUUUGCAGGUU